UUUAACUCUUGGCCACGUCCACCGGCCACGUCGCCCCGUAUUCGCCAUAUUUCUCGGAGGAAUGCCCUGGAAAAGUGUUGGAAAUCGGUUCAAGCAAAUUUCGGCUGUCUCGUAUUCGUAAUAGCGGACAAAGCGUCGUCUUGAUUUGCGUUCAAAUAGGAGCAUUUAAAAAAUAAAAAAGCAGGCACGAUGAAUAUCUUCAGGCUGACCGGAGAUCUGUCUCACUUAGCGGCAAUCAUCAUUCUGCUGCUCAAAAUCUGGAAAAGCCGCUCGUGCGCAGGGAUCUCUGGGAAAAGCCAGAUACUCUUUGCUUUGGUUUUCACCACACGUUAUCUGGAUCUGCUGACCUCCUUUAUUUCUUUCUACAACACGUGCAUGAAGGUCAUCUAUAUCGGAUGUGCCUAUGCCACUGUGUACCUGAUCUAUGUGAAAUUCAAGGCUACUUAUGAUGGAAACCAUGACACCUUUAGAGUGGAGUUUCUAGUAGUUCCAGUGGGAGGCCUGGCCUUUUUGGUCAAUCAUGACUUCUCUCCAUUGGAGAUCCUGUGGACCUUCUCCAUCUACCUUGAGUCGGUGGCCAUCCUGCCUCAGCUCUUCCUGAUCAGUAAGACUGGAGAGGCUGAGACCAUCACCACCCACUACCUGUUCUGCCUGGGUGUCUACCGUGCCCUGUAUCUCUUCAAUUGGAUCUGGAGGUUCUACUUUGAAGGCUUCUUUGACAUGAUCGCCAUUGUGGCUGGGGUGGUCCAGACCAUCUUGUAUUGUGACUUCUUCUACCUUUAUGUCACAAAAGUGCUGAAAGGAAAGAAGCUGAGCUUGCCAGCGUAAGUGCCAAAGAACAGAAGACCUGUGUCACCAUUCAGACUCAUAUGGGGGGCACGGGCCAGCAAAGCCACAGCAAGAGGCCGAAGACAGAAAGUGCAUGUGAAACUGUUGCUGUUUGAGAAAUGUCAUCCGGAUGGGGGGAAAAAACAACGACAGCACAAUGACUGCAAAGAGGACUUCUCUUGGAUUUGGCAACGGAAAUUUUUGUUUUCAGCAUCUUGCAAUACCUUUUUAGUGCUGUUAAAAAAAAACUCUAAAGAACAAAAAAAAAAAGUAAAUAAAUACUUUUCUAUGUGAGGUGUUCCACAAGAUUAAAAAAUGUUAAAGAUUGGCCAGAUUAAACAGACCCUUUAACUGCUAUUACAUGUACUUUUGAAAUUUUAUUUGUGUUUUCAAGGUUUCCUGGAGUGUUGAAUCAGGUAAAGUUUGUUCUUUGACAUGAGUGACACACAAAUCCCUAUCCACGGAAAUAUUUUCCACCACCUCAUUCUUCCCUAUAACAUGAAAUUGCUUUAGAAUCCAACAGCCUUUCAGAGUUUAUAAACUUCACAAAUGCCUUAUAUUCAUUUGAACAGCAUUAUAGACAGUAUAUAAGCCGACAUGUUUCCUUGUAAAUGCAUCCACUUUGGUGUAAAAUGAGAAUGUUUUGUACUGCCAAAUCAUUCAGCACUGAUACGUUUUAUUCCUUCUGCUCCAAAUUACUCUGGAUUUUGUAUCUCUGUUAAGGCUGUAGUCAUUCAGCAGUACUCAUGAUGUACAAUAUACAUAAAACAAGACAAAAUAAUCUUAAUAGGUAGUAUCCUGCGGUCUAAGUAUUUGUUCUUUAGGUGCAGAAAUUUCUCAACAAUGCCCAUGGAAUUGAAGAUGUUGUGCAUAUUAUCAAACAGGAUCUGAAGUGUGUGUGUGUGUGUAUAUAUACAUUUCAUAGGCUUGUGUUCAUUUUGGACAUUCAUUUAUAUAUUCAGUAUGCUUGAUGUCCCCCUUUUGAGUCAUUCCUCUAGGGUUUUCAUUUUUGAGUUGAGUUUUUACAUCAUCACCUCCAAUAAAACAUUUUACAGGCCA